AGGCUCUCUCUCCCUCUCUCUUGCUCGCUCUCUCCGUCAAUUCCAUUCUAUCCGCGCGCCCAAUCUUCUUCUUCUGGGCCUUCCCAAUUCGCAGUCGCGUUCUUUGUUUCUUCCGUGCUGAUUGCCAAUUCGGUUCAUCGGUUAAUCUUGCAAAGGGUUUUGUAGGUGGUUGCAUCUUGGAGUGUCUGAGUCAAUGCCAUAGGAGAGAAGUUAAUCCAUUGCAUAACUCUAACCUUUUCACUUAAGACUUCAUGGAUGAACCUGGUGGCACUCUUAUUGAAGCUCCUGUUCCUAGUGCUACAAUAAGGAAGAGGAGAAGCAGCAUUCCUCGGCGACCUAGGCCUGAGAUACAGCUGUUUACAGAAAGUUAUGAUCCAUCAACACCAAUUUCUUAUGAGCCCGGAAGGGUCUCCAGUGAGGAAACUGAUGUUAGUUCUGGAGGGAAGAUUUUCAGCCUUAACCAGUGUAUAUCAAGGGGAUCUCCUGCUACUAUAGCUGAAACUGAUUAUCCAAACAAGAGGGUUAAGGAUGAUAUGGAAUCUAGAGUGCCAUACAGCAAUAGUGGACCGGGAGAUGAUACCUACCACCACCUGAGUCCUACUGGACAUUUGGGAGCAAUUCAGAAUGGUGUAGGAAAUGACAACAAGCUCAAGAAAGUUAAGCUGAAGCUCGGUGGGGUAACAUGUACUAUUCAAGCUAAAAGCAAUCCCCAUGGUACAUAUGACAUUGGAUCUUCUACAAAGAGUUUUCGACCUCAUGAUGCCCCUCGGCCACGGCAGAAAUUUACCCUUCAGGAAAAUCCAGGAGAGGGUCAAAUCCUCUCGGAUACGAAAAUCCAUUAUCCACCGAAAGCUUUGUCUAGGGGUGUUGAUUCUGGCAAGGAGGGUAUCAGGAAGAUGUCAAACAAGAGCUCAGCUGAAAAGUCAGAUUCUGUGAGGAAGAGCAAACGAGUCCCGAAGAGGCGUGUUUUGGAUGGGGCAUUUGAUGAAGACGAUGAAGAUGAUGAGAUUAGGUAUCUGGAAAAGCUAAAAACAUCAAAAGCUUUUGGCCUCAAAGAUUUUGAGGAGGAAAACUCCAAUAAACAUCGGAGUCUUUCUCAGGUUUCUAAAAGUGUCGGAGAGAUUGGGAAGUUGGCCAAAGAUGGUAAGAAGAGGUCCGAUAAAGGUUCUGAAGACACUGAGUAUGAAGAGGAGGAAAUGUUGUUGUCUGAUGGGGAUUGUGAAGGGAAAAGGAGACAGAAACAAAGAAGGGACUCCCCACCUGAUAUAGUGAUGGAAUCCAAGAGGGAAUUAGCUCUUACAACACGUCAACGAGCUCUUCUCUCAAGCAAGGAGCCAUCUGCUGGUGUGAAUGAGGUUGAGUUCCCUAAUGGUUUGCCCCCACCUCCAUCUCGAAAACAAAAAGAGAAACUCACAGAGGUGGAACAGCAACUGAAGAAAACCGAGGCUGCUCACAGGCGUAAAAUGCAAAAUGAGAAGGCAGCUCGAGAAUCUGAGGCCGAGGCAAUUAGGAAAAUACUUGGUCAAGAUUCAAAUAGAAAAAAGAAAGAAGACAGAGCGAAGAAGCGCCAAGAAGAGUUGGCUCAGGAGAAGGCAGCUAAACAUCAAGUGCUUGCAUCAGAAACUGUCAGAAUCGUCAUGAGGCCUACAGGGACGGUGGUGACAUUUCCCAUAGAGAUGGGGUUCCCCCCUAUAUUUGAAUCCAAACCCUGCAGUUAUCCAGCCCCUCGUGAAAAAUGUGCGGGGCCUUCCUGUUUGAACCCAUACAAAUAUCGUGACUCCAAGUCGAAGCUCCCACUAUGCAGUCUCAAUUGCUAUAAGGCUAUUCAUUCUAAGAUGGAUGCUGGAAAUGUGCCGACACUGUGUGGCUCAUAGUCUCCUUUAUUAGAUCUUGCAUGGCGUAGUACUACUGGAUAUUUCAUGAAUAUGUGAACCACGGAGGUCUAUCUGUUCGGGGAAGUAUAUGUUGAAAGUCGAAGCUUUCAAAUAUAACACGACGCACAUAUAAGCUUUCAUAUUCUAUUAAAGUAUUUUAAUUUUUUUUAAAUCAAAGUAUUUUAUAAAAUACUUGUUCAACAUUUUGAGCGCGACAGCCACUUCUAUUUUGAAGUGGAUGCGUGUCUCUCAAUUCGUCCACUAUCAAUGAAAAAAUGUGUAAGAUUACUUCAUAAAAUGUUUUGAUUAAAGAAAUAAUAUAAACUAUAAAUAAUGCAGAGUAUGAAAUCUUAAGAGUGUGUUGUAGUAGAAUAUUUGAAAGCUUCCACUUUUGACAUGGGAUUCUAACAGUAGACAAAUACAUUUCCAAAUAGAUUGGCCCUCUUUGGUGCACAAAUUUCUUAAAUAUUGAGCACUAUUCAUUCUUAGAAUGGGGAAUUCUCCAACACUAAGCUUGAAAUGUCGAAGAGAUGGAAAUAAGUUGCACUAUAACUUUUUACCAUUUGCACCUAGCGUGUGCCUAUCUCUUUUUUUAUAGUAAUAAUUACUUUUCUUAGGG